CUCUUUAUUUUUCCACAGAGAAGUAGAGAGCUAUAUUACUACCCACCCUAUAAUUUGUCCAAAAAAUCUUGGGUACCAAUAGCCUUCACUUGUUUCUAUGUAAAGUUGUGAUCUUAAUUUUCAGGAGCAUGGAUAGCCUUGGGAAUUCUUCUUCAGCCAUGAAUGGUGUCCAACAAAAGACACCAACUAAAAGAAGCAAUAAGCAGAAGAAGAAGAACAACAAUAAUAACAAGAAGGAAAUCAAGGUUGUGUACAUAUCCAACCCCAUGAAGGUGAAGACUAGUGCCUCCGAAUUUAGGGCUUUGGUGCAAGAGCUCACCGGCCAGGAUGCUGAAUUUCCUUAUGACUCUUCUAGAUUCAAGGGUUAUGGCAGCGACGACGACGGCGACGGCGACAACAAUAAUAAUAAUAAUACUAAUAAUUGUACGGAUAAAGUUGGUUAUGAUGAAGUAAACGAUGAUACACUUGUGGUAGUACCUCCUCCUCCUCUUCCUCCUUCUCUUCUUCUGUCGGAAAACCCUAAUUGUGAAGGAAAAAUUGUCGGCAAAGGAGUAGAAAGAGGAGGAUCUUCGUCAAUAGAGAGCUUUGAGCCGUUUGAUGAAGUUUUCACGCCUCAGAUGAUAGAGAGCAUCUCGUCCUUCAUUCCAUCAAGUGUCUACUAUGAAUCUCCCCAACUUGAUCAAGUGGUGAUGCACUGCAAUUAUGUUCAUCAAUGAUGAAUAAUUAUCUCAAGGCAAGUUUUAAUUUAUUGUUAUUGCCAAAUAAUUGUUGCUUUAGUUUUAAUUCAAUGUGUUGAUUUUCGGGCAAAAAUAUUUGGGAUCAAAUGGUUAAUGUUACUUUGUUGCAGCUUGUCUAUAAUUAACUAUCAUAUAAUAAUUACAUUAUUAUUACUUUAUAAUAAUUAGUUAAUUAUCUGUA